AUGUUAUCAGAUUCUGAUAAUAUGAAAAAACAAUUAAAUCAAUCGAUAUGUCUUUGGAAUGAACUAUUGAACAUGGCAAACAGUGUUACCAAGAAAAAUAAAUAUUGUUUUGAUGCAAAUCGUGCUGUAGUUACAAAAGUAUUUUCUGAUAUCAAUGAAACUGAUUUAUUUAAUAAUGAUAAUAAUUUUUCACGACAAAUAUUCUUUAGCUAUUUAGAUCUUCUUAAUACAUAUAAAAUUCAACAGUUUUUAACAGCAUUAUCACCAUCUACAUUAGCAGAUACUAUACGUGAAUCGAAUAUUUAUAUAUUACUUUUUAUCCUAUCAACUUUGUGUAGUUCUGUACUCUUUGUUGACAGUGAUAUUAGCGAUCAUGAUCGUACGAUAGUCGUUCCAUCUCUGUUACGUGCUGGAUUUGGUAAAAGUGUUAUUGAAUGGUUAAACUAUCCAACAUUAACUGAAACUGCACGUCGACCUAUAGUAAGUAUUGUACAUAACUUAUCGAGACAUGAUAAUGGUGCCGAUGAACUUAAUAAAUAUGGAGCUAUUGAAAUUAUUAAUCAAAUGCAACAGCUUGAUAAUGUACGUCAAUCAACAAUGUUAUUAAUUAAUACAAUGGCAUUAGCUCUUCUUUCGACUCCAAAUCAAAUAAAAACUGAUCCAAAAGGAAUUAAACCUAUACUUGAUGAACUUCUUCAAAUAACUAUUCACGCAUCAACUGCAGAAAAAUAUCGAUAUAAUGGUUUUCAUGUAUCUGAACCACUUGCUGUACUUGUUAAAUUAUUUAUUGAUGAUACAACUUUUGAUUAUGUUAUGAAUCAAGCAGAAACUAAUCUUCCAUCGAAUCUAACUUCGACAAUUAAAUUAUUUUCCGAUUUACUUAUUUCUUUUCAUGUUAAACUUAUAGAAAAAAAUCGUCUUGAACAAUUUACUUUCAUAGUACUUUUCAAUAUUCUAUGA